AAUUUAUAAUUAUCAAUGAUAGUAAGAAAUACGAAAUUCGUUAAGUCGUAAUACGAAAGCAUGAAUUUGAAAGUUGAAAUAUGAAUGAAUGUAUGUCCUAUUCUAAUAUUCAAUACUGUCAUGUCAAUAAUGAUGAGAUGAUUAGUGUUGACAUGAUGUACAUCCAAAAAAACGUCAAUUGAGUCAUCGAGCCAUUCGUUCAAUGGGCAAUGGUUAAUUGCCAAAAUUCUGUCGAUUAUCGUCAUUUAAAUACAUGAAUUUGAACUACGAUUUAAGAUUUGUUUAUUUUUUAUUUGCUAUGUUAAAUCUUGAUUUGAACUAAUUGUUUAGUUAUUAUCAGCAUAUCUUACCUUUCAUAAUAAAUUAUAUUUUUAUACUAUUCAAAUUUUGUUUUAUUUUUUAUUUUUCUGGAGUUUACGAUACAAUGAAACGAAAUCGAAAGCAACCUAAUGGAUUUGAAAAGUGGGGGGGUUACAUGGAAGCUAAGAAGACCAAACUUGAAGAACAAUUCACAGAAAAAGCCGCUAGUGAUAGUAACCAUGUGAAAAGUCAAAUUUUUAAAGGCAUUUCGAUCUUUGUCAAUGGGUAUACUGAGCCUUCAGCUGAUGAAUUGAAACGUAUAAUGAUGGAGAAUGGAGGAGUUUACCACCACUACCACAGACCUAACAUUACUACACAUAUAAUAGCAAGCAACUUGCCCACUGCCAAAUUAAAACUACUCAAACAGUUCAAAAUUGUAAAACCUGAAUGGAUAUCUGAUAGUCUAAAAGAAGAAAAACUUUUAAACUAUGGAAGCUAUUUACUUUUUAUUGAUAAACCAAAUCAACCAAAAAUUGAUUUCCCAAUUCGUGCAAAAAAUGCUUCAGAACCAACAUUUCUAUCUGAAUUCUACAAAAAUUCCCGAUUGCACUUAAUAGCAACUAUGGCAACGACAUUCAAACAUUUAGUAAAUGAUACACGAAAAAGGAAUCAAACUGAUUAUCCUGGGCGACAACGAUUGAUGAAAUGGAUUGAACAAAAUGGAGUUAAAGACUUGUUAACGAAUGACUCUGAGCUUGACUUGGGCAAAAUAAUCAUGCACAUUGACAUGGAUUGUUUUUUUGUCUCUGCUGGCUUAGUUGAAAGACCAGAACUGCGAGGUCUGCCUGUAGCUGUUACACAUGCCAAAGGAAACUUGUCUAAGAAAAGAGAAGGGGUAGAUCUUGGAGCGGAGUUUGGUUUGUAUGUUAAACGCUGGAGAGGUGAUGAUAAUGAAAAUGACGAAGAAGAAGUACAAGAAAUUAGACCUCGAUCAACUAAAAGGGAUGGUAUUAAUGAAACAGAUUCAAUGGCAGAGAUUGCUUGUUGUAGUUAUGAAGCUAGAAAAGUUGGUAUUAAAAACGGCAUGCUGGUUGGUAAAGCAUUAAAGAUUUGUCCAGCUCUAAAAUUAAUACCUUAUAAUUUUGAGCAAUACAAAAGAGUAGCUUAUACUCUAUACACUCACAUUAUGAAUGAUUAUACAUUAGACGUGGAAGCUGUUAGUUGUGAUGAAUUAUAUUUAGAUUGUUCGCAUAUUCUUGAGACUACAAAAGCAUCACCUUUUGAAUUAGCGACAUUUCUACGAAAAGAAAUUAAAGAAAAAACUCAGUGUCCAUGUUCUACUGGUAUUGGCUCAAAUUGUCUGCUAGCCAGGUUAGCCACCAAGAAAGCCAAACCAGAUGGUCAGUUUUAUUUGGAACCUGGUAUUGUAAUGGAUUUUAUGAGAAACAUAGAUAUAUCUGAUGUUCCAGGUGUUGGAAGGACCUUGGGACAUAAAUUGUCAACUCUUGGUGUCAGUACAUGUGGUGAACUAAGUGCACUGUCGCUGCAAACUCUUCAAAGUGAAUUUGGAAACAAAACUGGGCUUUCACUGUAUAAGCAUUGUCGAGGAGAAGAUGAUCGAAAACUUAACUAUGACUAUAAGCCAAAGUCGGUGUCUGCUGAAGUUAAUUAUGGUAUUAGGUUUCAAAAUAAAGAAGAGUCAGAGAAGUUUGUAAGACAACUAUGUGACGAGGUUGAAAAACGACUUAAUGAUAUAGAAAUGAAAGGCAAAACAGUUACCUUAAAGUUAAUGAUUCGAAAUGCAGAAGCACCAAAAGAGUCCGCAAAAUUUUUAGGGCAUGGAUUUUGUGAUAACAUUACCAAAUCAAGUUCUUUAACUAAAUCAACAUCAAAUUCCAUAAUAAUUUUCCAAGUUGUCAAUAAAAUAAUGAAUCAAUUGAAUAUUGAUCCAUCUGAAUUACGUGGAAUAGGAAUACAGAUGAAUAAAUUAGAAAGCCGCACAGUAACAGCGGCUGGACGUAUAGAAAAUUUUAUAUCAAACAUGAAAUCUGAUACAAAAAGAAAUCAUAUUUCUCUUAUUGAAAAUACUAACAAUGAUAAAAUAAUAUCAACAAAAGUGUCUGAACCCGAAAGUCUCCAGGGUUCAUCUACAGACAAUUUUAAUAAACCAAAAUCUGUCAUGGAUUUUUUUAAGCCCAAAGAAGACUUAAAUUCUAAAAAACAUUUAAAGAUCUCAAACACCAAAUUUAAUAUCUCACAUAAGUCACAUGUCAAUAAUUUAAAAAUGUCUCAAGUAGAUCCAUCAUUUCUAGACGCAUUGCCUGCAGAUUUACGUCUUGAGAUAGAAAACGAAUUGAAAGCUAAUGAAAACCAAAAUUCUCUAACCGUUGCAAACGAAAAUUCAUCCCCAAUGGAAAUCACAAUGACAGAGGAAAGUUCUAAGUUAUAUCAACAUGUGCAGAUUGAUCAGAUGAAAGAAUUUAUUGAGGAAUGGGUGGUCACCGAAAAUGAACCAAAAACGUGUGACAAUAUUAUGGUUUCAAAAUACUUGUGUAAUUUAGUUAGAGAUACCAAGACAGAAGACGCCUAUGAAAUCAUAAGAAAACUUUAUCGAUUAAUAAAAAAUAAAGACCAUUUGGCUUGGAAACAAAGUUACUUUGAUAUAUUAAAAGAUGUUCAAGAAGUAAUGUUGAAUUUGUAUAAUGCUAAAAUGAAAGUUGAAACUAAAUUUUAAUAAUUCAAUUUUAUAUAUAAUUUUAAUUUUUGAGAUUGAAUAAUAAAAAAUAAAAAACUAUGUACCCAAAAUCUAUUGCUAAAAUAUUACACCAAUGGUAUCUUACAUGUUUAUGCAACAAUAAUUCAAGUUAAUUAAAAAAAUACUAUUUUACCGGGCCUCAAGAUUUUGUUUGCUCUGAGAUACAUUUAAUGAUUUUUUUUAAGGUAUAAAUACAUAAAAGAAUGUAUACUAUACAUAUAAGUGUGUUUUAUUGAACAUGUUGCCCUCAAUAUAAUAAUUAUUUAACACAAACAAAUUAUCUCAUACUUUGCUCUGAAUAAAAACAGAAUAUAAAAUAGGUACCUACAUAGUUUUUAUCUAAUAAUUUAUUUUUACUUUGAACUGUGUCAAUAAUGUCUUCCGCAUCAAUAUUAUUCCAUCAAUUUUUCUCUAUAGUCAUAAACACGAAUGCCUAAUUAUUAUUUGAAUGAACUGCCCUCGACCACCGGAAAUAGUCUUGAUACUCCCCUGGUGUUGUAUGCCACUGCUAUCUAUCAUGUGCAUUGGGCGAAGAAUUAAAAAUUUAGAUUAAGUUAAUGAGUUUUAAGAAAUUAAUUUUUAAUAUUAUAAAAAAAAAUAGGACCACUUGUUGAAAGGUUGAUGGACAUAACUUUAAUUAUUUCUAAAAAUUUGAUUAUUUGCCAAGCAUGUCUCACUUAAGCUGAAAAGGUAAACUGUGAUGAAA